AUGGACAUGUUCCGCCACCGCGACGCGCCAAUCCUCCAAUAUCCCACCUUCCACAGCACUAUCGUAGUCAGCGCCGAGGGCAAGCAUUACAAGAUCACCAACGUCCUCUUCGACUCUGGCGCUUCCUCGAACUUCAUCUCGCGCAAGCUCUGCAAGAGAUUCGGUCUGAAGUACUACCCCUUCAUCGCCGACAUGACCUUCAACACCGCCAACGGCCAAGUCCAGCACACCGAAGAAGUGGACCUAACCAUCAGCAUUGCCGGCGUCUUCCAGAAUCUGAGCUUCAUCCGACAAAGGGGACUUCACCAUCAUCACUUCACCAUCAUCCUCGGCACCCCGGGCUUCUGGAAGUACCAGCUGCAGAUGCGCUGGGGCUUCGGCGCGAAGCGCGAGACGCUCGUUACCAUCGAGGCUGACUCGACGCUACAGCCGAAUGUCCAGGAGCGAAACAUUGUGGUGGAGGCGGAGCAGAGGCAUGGGCCGAGUAUGGUGAUUGAGCUCAAGGACAUGGCGGUACAGAAUGAGGCGCUCAAGCUUGGCGAGACGGUUGAGCAGAGACAGGAGAGACAGGGUGCUGAGGCGGCUGCUGUCAGUCGGGCGCUGCAGGAGGUGGAGAUGAGUCGGGCCAUUGAGGACGCGCUUGCUGGUAUGCGUUGA